AUGGCUCAUAUCAUUCCAAGCCCCGAAAUCUAUGGUUCCGGUUCUUUCAUCGACACAAAUCCCCUCCCAGUACCCGAUGAUGCCAGUCGCAUCUUCAAGUUGUUGGCCAAAGCCACCCCAGGCUUUACUCAGGAUUUUGCAAAGUGGGAAACUGUGAGCUUUGAAGGGAGUGCAGAGCCAAUAAUUCCUGGGCCCAUAAAAGCUCCCCAGAUUGCAGCUGCACUGCACGCCAUGUGUGGAAUCGUUGCAAACGAAAUAAUCAACGACCGGGAGGCUGAGAAGGAAAGUUCUCACCAACGCAUGGUAAUCAACACAGACCAUGCUGCACUUUGGCUUGGAACUGUUGGUUUCGUCAAGUUGAAUGGAAUGGAUAUACCCGAGAUGACGAAAGCCGGUAAACUCAGCGCUGUCUACAAGACUGACUUUGAGAAAGGAGCAUUUGCAGCUCCUCUUCGAGUUCGUACUACUGCGAACUACCCUACUAAAACACCUGGAGUCUGGUACCAGCUUCAUGGAUCUCUGAAUGCUAUCCCGGUUCUCAAGGCAAUCGGAUUGGAUCCUGAAAUGCCCUGCAGCACACCCCAAGAGGCUUAUGAUAUCAUCAGCAAGUGUGUGCAGCAAUUCGGCGCUGAUGAAUUGGAAAUGAAAAUGGUCAAGCUGGGCCUUUGUGGGAAUAUCGUCUACACUCCACAGGGAUGGCGGGAGACCGAGAUGAGCAAGCAGCUAUCUCGGCAUCCGCUGGUCAACUACAAGCUCCAGUCACACGCUAUAUCAACUCCUCCUGUACCCAUGCCGCAUCUAGCCUCUGACAAGCGUCCAUUGGCGGGGAUCAAAGUUGUUGAAUUAGUGCGGAUCAUCGCCGGACCCGUCAUUGGGACUACCCUCGCAGCACUUGGAGCGGAUGUCAUCCGUGUCAACUGCAGCAGGCUUCCUGACAUCAAUUCACUUCAACUAACCCUCAACGCGGGAGUUCGAACAAUCGACAUCGACCUGAAAAAAGAUCAAGACGUCGAAAGAUUAAUGAGCCUCGUUCAAAAAGCCGAUAUUUUCAUCCAGGGUUACCGUCCCGGGGUCAUCGCCAAGAAUGGACUCAGUCUUCCAGACCUCCUCGAAAUGGCAGGAAAGAGAGGAAAGGGAAUCGUCUAUGUCGAAGAGAACUGCUACGGACCAGAUGGCUCCUUCAGCGCUCGACCAGGGUGGCAGCAAGUGGGAGAUGCAGCCUCAGGUGCAUCAUACGUGACAGCACGAGCAAUAGGCCAUACAGAUGGAAGAGGAAUUCUCCCUUCAUUGCCCAUUCCAGAUAUGAUGACGGGACUUAUAGGAGCGCUGGGUGCGUUGAUGUCUAUUCGAGACCGUGCGCGGAACGGGGGCUCAUAUCAUGUCUUUGCUUCUCUUCUUGCAGCAGCGGCAUACCCUUUGAAUCCUGAGAUUGGUCUGUAUAGCCCUGACGUGGUGAAGAGAGUUGAUGAAAAGUUUAAAUGGGAGUCGAUGGAUGCAUCGUUGUUUGUGUUUGAGCUUCUAGAUGUGGCGAUGAGGGGUUGGAAGAGGGUAUUCCCGGAUAUUUACUCCCGUGAUUCCCCCUUCACUGUAACGCUUGAGGGAGAGUGGGGUACGUUUGAUUUACUUAAGCCUGUGGUCAAUUUGGUGGACGAGGAGGUGACGCCACGGUGGCUGACGGCUCCGGUGCCGCAUUGUUGGCAUGAUUCGGCCACCAUCUCGUGGCACUCGUCUUAG